CUGCAAUUCGGGUAUCGUUAAACCAGAUACCUAAAAGUCAUUUUAAGUUAAAGAAGAAGUUUUUUGUUUAAACAAUAAAAAUUAAUUUUAUUACAAUUACAAAGGCAGACUAUACAUUUCAUUUCGCAAUAAAAAGUUUAAUCUUGCAAUAGGCACUGUGUUUACAUUCAUAAUUGGGUCGUAGUUCAGACUACAUAUGACACGAACAUGUUGAUAUGCAAUUAUCAAUAGAUAAUAUGUUUGCUUACACUGUAAGUAAAAAAUCUUCCAAAGAAAUGUAACUAUGUUAACCGGUAGUUGCAAUCAGGGAAGAGAUUAAACGUGAUGCUCGGAUUAAACAUGUUUGACCACCAAGACAACAUUGGAGAGUGCUUUCAGAAAUCAAAAGUGACCAUAACAUGUAACUGUCGUCAAUGGUAUAUGAGGACAUGUAUAAUAAUGACGGUGUUUGGAGUGUGUGUGAUCUGUUGGUGCGUUUAUUGCACGAUACUCAUCGUGAGAUUGACUCAAGAACUGGAUGAUCUGCGGCAGUCACGUGACCGAGUACGUCAUGUUAACAUUCCAAGUAACGGUGUCAACAGUUACCCCGCUCCUGAAGUCGGACUGGGUGAUCUGGGUGUUGUUGACUCCCAUCUUUACGUCGAGCGGACCCUCAUACAUCAAAGGGUGAAACGAAGUAAAAAGGACAAUCAAAAGCCUACUAAGAUGCGGAAAGAAAAGAAAGAAAAAAAGAAAAAGACCUUGAAGUCAGCGCAUUUUAUUCCCCGCAGCGGACUUCAACCACAACAUGAACACAACUAUAAUUCUACCAUCGAAGUGUUCCGGCUGGCACCUUGGUGGGUGACGACGGAUAGCCCAUUUACCGUUGCAGAGCACGGCAAGUUUAGGGUGGACUAUACAGGAACAUAUUUAAUCUACGCACAGGUGCUGUAUAAGCACGCGCGUCCCUUCGCGUCCCUUGGCGUGGUUCAGCACCGUCCCGAUACCCCCCGAGACAUGCUGCAGAGCAUCUACUGCAGACAGGAGAUCCCCACGGGACAGGACCGCCAGCUGAGCAACACCUGCACGCUGACCGCGCUAUUUCAGUUGCAAAAGGACGACUACAUAACGCUAGAGAAUUUUUACAUUGAUCCUGAAAUAACGUACAGUGUCAAUUCGACAUACUUCGGGGCGGUAUUACUGUCCUAGUGACAGCAUACAAAGAACAUAUGUGCACAUAUAGUAUAGUGUUUUGUUUAUUAUACACCGUUAAUGUGUGAUGAAUGCUCUGCAAAUUCAUCAUUAUUGUAGACCGUAUUAUUCGUAUAAAAAGUUCUUUUUACAUGAACAAGACAUCGGCUGUGAUCACUUUGAUAGUCAAUCGACACGGUUUAGGUUGAGUAUACUAUGCGAGGUUUACAAUGUACGCUUACGACACACCUUCUGGUAUUGUAAUGUCAUACAUUGACGCUAUUUAUACUCUCUAAACCUGUGUAAACUGUUGGGAAUUCCCAUUGGUUAGUUUCAGUUUAUAUAGAGCUGACUGCGCUGAAAUAAAUCGGGUAUGGGUCAUUAGACCAGUUUCACAUUAAGAAUGAAUUUCUUUCUGUCGGCCUAAAACCCAGAGUUUCACAUUAGAGCUUAUAUAUGGUACAUUUGAGAAGCGCUUCCAUUACAAACGUAUUGCUAUUGAUCUGGUGCUGUGGUCGGCAUUUCAACGGGAAAGGUGAGUGUUGCGUAGUUUCUUCCAUUAAAUUUAUCGGGAUAAGAGUCUUAUUUCAAAAGAGGAAUCCGCAAAUUGAGGGCUGUAGUAAGUUGUGAGUAAAUGACAACUGAUUUUUCCAAAAGUUUCUUGAAAAUAAUGUACGCGUCAAUUUAACUCGACAAUAGUGCUUGUGCUGUUGAUAUCUUGUUCAAAAAGGCACUUGUUUGCACAUGUUAGUUAUGCUGGAAACGGUGUAUUCGCUAGCAAAUCUUCAUUAUGAAUUAUUAAUUUAUUUUAUAUACAUGUAAUUAUAAUUUCAAAUUAAAAAGAAAGAGAACAAUGCUAUCGUCUGAUUUCCAAACUGUGGAUUUCGAGUGGCUUACCCACCGAGACAUUCAAGCUUUUUAAAUUAAGAUCGUAGUUAAACGAUCUGUUCGUAAAAUACAUUUUUAAAUUGCACAUGACAAGCGUAUUUGUUUCGAUUUAUAAUUGCCCAUACACGAAAUGGUUAAUUAAAUAUUUGUAGUCGUUAGUUUUAUGUUAUGUGUCUCCUCGAUACAUAUCGUUUUUUUGGAUCGUUACAUAGUUGAUUAGUUGGUUGGUCGGUGGAUCAGUUUGUUUGUUCGUUCGUGCGUUUGUUUGUUUUUCAUUUGGUUAAAUGUAACUUUGUGUCCAUUAUUCGAUUUUUGAUUGGCAUACAUGAUCAGCAUAUUAAGACGUUUAACGUCAUGCAGGCUAUGUCGCUCGCUUAAAUGUUACGGUUACACUGGGCACUAAAAUUUUGGAUACACUUAUUUGGAUAUGUGAAAGUAAAUGUCGAAAUAUACAUAAAUAACCAUCAUAUUAAGACAACUCAUGUCGUUCGCUAAAAGGUCGAGGUCACAGAUGAUACUUGGAGUAUAUACAUAUUCAUGAACUAGUGAAUGGGAAUGUUCGUGGCUAUAUUGUGCAUGAUUGGAUUUUUAUAAUGAAUUGGAACACAUGAUCACGACAUCAAGACUAAUUGUUGUGUGGAAAACUAUGAUCAGCAUAUCAAGACGUGUCUCGCGCAAGAACCAGACUACUAUGCUCUAGAUCAAGGCCAUACUCGGAGUUCAUAGGCCAUUUACUGUCCAGAAUAGAACUGUUUUAUGCAUGGUGGAAUUUAGUUUAAUUAGGCACGUACGUUUCUGGUCCCAAUUUGUAAUGACUUCUAUCGAAAAUGAACAUUGAAAAGACUAUGUUUACAAUUCAUUUAUCUGUGGAGUUAGAUAUUAACUUGAUUCUUGGACGUUGAAGUGAACUACAUAUUUAUAAAGCAUGUGCCUUCUGUU